CCCGGUCGCGCUCGCGUCCGUCUGGUCCUUGAGCCGGCGGGGACGGCUGAGCAAUGGCCUUGAGACUGCUGAGACUUCUCCCGGCGUCAGCGUCCGCGCGGGGCCUCGCGGCCGGAGCCCAGCGCGUGGGACAGAUUCAUACCAGUGUGCAAUGCCAGCUGAAGUAUGGACCUCUCGCCUUCGUUCUUGGUGAUAAGACAACCAAAAAACUGAAUCAGUACAGCCGAGUGAUAACGGUAGAUGGAAACAUAUGCUCUGGGAAGAACAAGCUCGCAAAGGAGAUCGCAGAGAAGCUAGGCAUGAAGCACUUUCCAGAAGCAGGCAUCCAGUACUCAAGCAGCACCACAGGCGAUGGAAGGCCCCUCCACACGGAAUUUAGUGGCAGCUGUAGCUUAGAGAAAUUUUAUGAUAAUCCCAAAAGCAACGAUGGCAACAGCUACCGCCUGCAGUCCUGGCUGUAUGCCAGCCGCCUCCUACAGUACUCAGACGCCCUGGAACACCUGUUGAGCACAGGACAAGGUGUGGUCUUGGAGCGCUCCAUCUACAGUGACUUUGUCUUCCUGGAGGCAAUGUACAACCAGGGCUUCAUCCGAAAGGAGUGUGUGGACCACUACAAUGAAAUAAAACGGCUCACUCUCCCAGAGUACCUGCCACCCCACGUAGUCAUCUAUAUCGAUGUGCCCGUAUCAGAGAUACAGAAACGGAUCCAGAAGAAAGGAGAUCCACAUGAAAUGAAGAUCACCUCUGCCUAUCUCCAGGACAUCGAGAAUGCCUACAAGAACACCUUCCUCCCCAAGAUGAGUGAGCAGUGUGAGGUUUUGGUGUACAGUACCUGGGAAUCUGAAGACUCAACCAAGGUGGUAGAGGACAUAGAAUACCUUAAAUACAACAAAGGGCCGUGGCUUGAACAGGAUGACCGUACCUUUCACAACCUGCGGAUGCUGGUUCAGGAUAAGAUGGAUGUGCUGAAUUACACGACUGUUCCUAUCUACCUUCCAGAAAUCACGAUUGGAGCUCACCAGGGCACCCGAAUCUACAACAGCUUCAGAGAGCUGCCAGGCCGCAAGUACAACCCUGGAUACAAUGAAGAAGUGGGUGACAAGUGGAUCUGGCUGAAGUGAAUAGACCCCUCUGCCUAGCUGUGUCACAGCCAGGAAGAUGUCUGCUCUGCCCAACUCUGAACUCCAGAGCUUUACAAGACAAGACAACAGGGAAAAAAGCAAUGAUCAAGAGAUUGCCUGAAGAAAUGGUCAAAAAAAUCCAGUCUUUCCUGUUCCUAGUUAGUUGAUUGAAAGAUUCAACUUCCAUUGAAAAGGUUCUGGAACCUUCCAGUUUUAUUUUGGAAUCAUCUGGGGAAAAAAAAAAACAAAACAAAACAAAGCAUGUCUGCUCUGGAAGAGCAGCUCCCACCGGACGCCCCGUGUCCCCGUGCUGUGUCCUUCAGUCCUCUCAACUUCAAGAAAUAAAUCUGGCUCUAUAGCUCCUCC